AAGAAAGAAGAAGGAAGAAGAGAAGAAGAGAGAACCCAUCAAAAACCCUCUUCUCUCUUAUCCAACAAUGGCAUCAUUCACUGCGCCGAACAACCUCGCCGCCGUGAUACCCUCCUCUUCCAGGAGAAAACCCUCUCUCACCAAAUGCAACCUUUCCCCUUCCCAACCCAACGAAUCAAAUACAAACCACGCUCUCCCACGCCCACCCCUCUUCAAAGCCAUCGCCCUCUCCUCCGCCGCCUCCAUCCUCCUCCACUGCACCCCCCUCUCCCCCUUCCUCCCCAACCCCCUCGCCCAAUUCGGCGGGGGCGGCGGCGGAGGCGGAGAAGGAGGAUGGUUCGGCGGAAACGGCGGCGGAGGAGGAGAGCACGGGGGGUUCUGGCAGAGGAUGUUCGGCGCAGUGGCCGACGAGUCUCAGUCGCAGGAGUGGGACUCGCACGGGCUUCCCGCGAACAUUGUGGUUCAGCUGAGCAAGAUGAGCGGCUUCAAGAAGUACAAGGUGUCGGACAUCUCGUUCUUCGAUCGGAGCCGGAGGACGAAGGUGGGGACGGAGGAUUCGUUCUUCGAGAUGGUGUCGCUGAGGCCGGGCGGGGUUUACACGAAGGCGCAGCUUCAGAAGGAGCUGGAAACCCUAGCGACUUCUGGAAUGUUCGAGAAGGUGGAUUUGGAAGGGAGGACCAACCCCGACGGCUCAAUCGGCGUGACCAUCUCCUUCAGCGAGAGCACGUGGCAGAGUGCGGAUGCCUUUCGGUGCAUCAACGUUGGGUUGAUGCAGCAGACGAAGCCCGUGGAGAUGGACGCCGACAUGACCGAUAAGGAGAGGAUGGAGUACUAUCUGAGUCAGGAGAGGGAGUACAAGAGGAGAAUCGAGAGGGCCAGGCCCUGCCUUCUUCCGAGGUAUGUGCAUAAUGAGAUUCUUGAUAUGCUCAAGAGGCAUGGCAUGGUCAGUGCUAGGUUGUUGCAGAGGAUUAGGGAUCGCGUGCAGAAGUGGUACCAUGAUGAAGGAUAUGCUUGUGCUCAGGUUGUUAAUUUUGGGAACCUUAACACCAAUGAGGUUGUUUGUGAGGUUGUUGAAGGGGACAUUACCAAGUUGGAUAUUCAGUUCCAGGAUAAGCUUGGUAAUGUUGUUGAAGGGAACACUCAGGUUCCUGUCAUUCAAAGAGAGCUUCCCCGCCAGCUGCGUCCGGGCUACACUUUCAACAUUGAGGCAGGGAAACAAGCUUUAAGGAACGUGAACUCGCUUGCUCUGUUUUCGAAUAUUGAGGUGAAUCCGCGGCCUGAUGAGAAGCAAGAGGGAGGUAUAAUUGUUGAAAUUAAGCUGAAAGAGUUGGAGCAGAAGUCGGCUGAAGUCAGUACUGAGUGGAGUCUCGUCCCUGGACGAGGAGGGUAUCCCACUCUGGCUUCAGUUCAGCCAGGUGGAACUGUUUCUUUUGAACAUCGGAACUUGCAAGGACUGAAUAGAUCUGUUAAUGGUUCGAUAACGACUAGCAACUUCUUAAAUCCUCAGGAUGAUCUUGCAUUUAAGCUCGAGUAUGUGCAUCCGUAUUUGGAUGGUGUGUAUUUUUCACGCAACCGGACUCUGCGCGUAAGCUGUUUCAAUAGCCGAAAGCUGAGUCCAGUAUUCACUGGGGGGCCAGGUGUGGAUGAAGUGCCCCCAAUAUGGGUUGAUCGUACUGGUGUCAAAGCUAAUAUUACAGAGAAUUUCACGCGUCAGAGUAAAUUCACAUAUGGACUUGUAAUGGAAGAAAUAACAACACGUGAUGAAAGUAGUCAUAUCUGUGCAAAUGGUCAAAGAGUAUUACCUAGUGGAGGAAUUAGUGCUGAUGGACCUCCAACCACCCUCAGUGGUACUGGCAUUGAUCGCAUGGCAUUUUUACAGGCAAAUAUCACACGUGAUAACACACGUUUUGUGAAUGGAGCUGUAGUUGGAGACAGAAAUAUGUUCCAGGUAGAUCAAGGCCUUGGCAUUGGCACCCAGUUCCCAUUCUUUAAUCGGCAUCAGCUAACUCUGACACGAUUUCUUCAGUUGAUGCCUGUGGAGGAAGGGGCUGGUAAGCCACCGCCACCUGUGCUUGUCCUUCAUGGACACUAUGGUGGUUGUGUAGGUGAUCUCCCCAGCUAUGAUGCUUUUACUCUUGGGGGGCCCUAUUCUGUAAGGGGCUACAACAUGGGUGAGCUUGGAGCAGCCAGAAACAUCCUCGAGCUUGCAGCUGAGUUGCGGAUACCUGUUAAAGGUACACAUGUGUAUGCGUUUGCAGAACAUGGCAAUGAUCUAGGAAGUUCAAAGGGUGUAAAAGGGAACCCUACAGAAGUGUAUAGGCGAAUGGGUCAAGGGUCGUCUUAUGGUGUUGGUCUCAAGCUUGGUCUAGUGAGAGCAGAAUAUGCUGUCGAUCAUAACUCGGGAACUGGUGCAUUAUUUUUCCGUUUUGGAGAGAGGUUCUGAGUGAUGACAUUAGUAUAUUGUUCGGUAGGUUGUCUUCUUUUGCUUAGCGGAAGAAUUCUGGGGGCAGAGGGUAUAGAUAAUUCAAGUUUCAAAAUUACAUGUACUAGAUUAGUAAGCUUUUGCUGCGUUUGUUUGCUUCUCGUAACUGUGAAAAGAUUAAGAUGGUGGAUUAUCUUGAUGCAUUUUAUGAAAUGGAUUUAAUUUAUUUUGCGGCUA